AUGCGACCUGCUACUUCGUCAACGGCAACAUCGCGACGGCCGAUGUUCCCUGCAAUACGAGCGCCGAAAUCACCACCUGCUGCAACAAGAACGACAUAUGUCUCUCGAACGGCCUCUGCUACCUCCAGAGCCAAGGGAAUCAUCCGGUCAUGUCAAGAGGUAGCUGCACAGACCAAAAUUGGGGUGGUGCGUGUAGUAGUGCGGAGCCAUGUGGUACGUUCCAACUCGAUAACCUCUAUCGACAAUCGUAAUGCAAUGGCUAUGCUAAAACCACUUGAACCUGUAGCGCGCUGGAACCAGGGUACCGGCUACCGGGUGGUCAAUGCGAUCGAUGACCAAUAUUGUUGUGGAAAUGUUGUGAGCAUCGACAACACCUCGAUCGAAUGUGCCGUCGACCGUGCCUUUACCGUCCCCAUCGGAACAGUGAUGCCUGGUGUUGCAGCGCUAGCCAACUACACUAAGAGCAGUACGAGCAGCAGUUCUUCACCAGGCUCAUCGUCCUCGGGGAAGAGUAGCAGCGAUGCUUCAGGAGAUACCCCGGGCGAUCAUAACGAUCAGUCGGCACGACUCGCCAUCGGCUUAGGUCUGGGUAUUCCUCUAGGUCUGAUCGCCGGCUCGGCAUUGAUCUGGGGUGCAUGGGAGCGGAAACAGAGGUCUGCUUCGAUGCGAGAGCUGGAGGGGCUGAAGGCGAGUCUUGCUGCUGCCGGCCCACCAAACGUAAUGGGGUACAAUUACCAGCAUGGUCAUGGUUAUGCUCCUGUCCCUGCGGCACCACCCACAGAGUUGGGCCAAUACCCCGUCCCCGUAUCGGAGCUGGACUCAGCCGGGGCUAAGGAUUCGACAAGGAGAUAG